GCGCAUGUGAAGUGUACGUCAAUAUAAACAACAGAGAAGUCCACAAUCGAGUAGGUAUGCUAUGUAUAUGUAUAGCUCGAUGACAGCGCCAGCCAGUCAGUGGUGCUCAGUUUGCGCACACUGCUUGAGAUACUCGAGGCUGAUUGUGUUACGUUUUGACGCAUAUAAUUCGUAUAGUUUAUGCGGGUAAUGAUCGAUUCGCGUAAAUUAUUUUCCCAGACGUUUGAUUGUACCAAACUACAGUGAAAAAUCAUUGUGAAUAUAGUAUUAUAAUGGUGAUGACAUCAAAUACAAUUCACAUUUUAGAUAAAUUUCAUGAGCUCUUUCUAUAGGUAGCAUUUAUCUUAUGCUGAUAAAAUGUGAAAAUCCUUUAACGUUUAUUUAUUUAUUUAAUCAAUCGUUAGCCUAGGAGUGUAAUAAGUGCAUUUAAUAUUAUCGUAAAGAGAUACAAACAUGUGUGACUAUUUUAUUUAUGUGUUUUAAAAAAAUCGUGAUGCCUUCUUAUAGCCAAGAAAUUAACGUGGACGUAAAUUCAAAUAAUGAUAACACUUUGAAGGUGAAUAUAAAAGAAAACAAGAAAGAACCAGUUAAAUAUGUAGCAACAGAUCUAGCUAAAAAUGGAGCACCGGAUGGGCUUAACGCUGACCAAAGACUAGCUUUUGCAUUAAGAGAUUUUUUGGGACCUUCCAAUAUGGUUUUUGCCGAAGACGGCCCAUCUCCGUCCAACAUAGAACAGCAACUGCCUUUUAUCGAUGAAACUGUAGACACGGAAGAUGCUAUACAAUCAGAAGAGGAACCGACCCAUAGUCAUGAGACAGACGAGGUUCUAAAUAAUGCUGCAUGCCGGUUGAGAAGGUGGCGAGCGGCAUCUAGGAAACUUCGACGACCACGCAUUAUCAACAAUUUAAGCACGGAUGAUGAUUGUAACGGUGUUGUGAAAACGUUUAAUGGCGGACAUACGGAUCUAGCAGAUCGCCUACGGAGCUUAGCUGCAGCAAGCAACAUGUCCGCAUCAGCUGGAGAGCUACUAUCGUUAGCACCACCACCCCUAGCAGCUACUGCGCCGCCCUCUCCUGGAUGUUUGCUUACACCUUCAUUAGUAGAUCAAAGUUCUCCAGAAUAUUUUGUAAAUAAGCAGUUCGGGUCGAUUGAAGCGAGACUUGUACCUCGCGCCCUCAUGACCCAAAUUUUAGGACCGACGUCAUCAACAGGAAGACAUGUUUGUAGGUCGACGGGGUCUAGUCCAGAAUGUUGUGCUGAUAGCAGCGGGUCGAAAAUUAACAACACAGUCGGUGUCCCCGUGCCGCCGCCCGGUCCGCGCUACAAACUCGCCACAGAAGGAGCUCUCAGAGUCUGCUGCUUCCAGCACACAAGAACUGUCGUGGACAAAAUAUUGGGUGCUAAAUUUUUCAGAAGAUGGGAAACCCACGUUCUCUGCCUACUUGAAGAUCACGUUGUUUCCAAAACUCCUUCGGGAUUACUAGAACGUCCACUAUCAUACAGCUGCAUGCAAGAGAUCUAUUGCAUCUCCCGCUGGGAUCCUGCAAGAAAAUACUGCUUACGAAUUGUAAUGCCUCAUGGUUCACUCCUACUACAGGCAAACGAUGCUUAUACAAGGGAUCAAUGGUAUUACUCAAUAGUAUGGAAGAGAAACAUAAUAAGAUAUCGCAACUUCCUGACAAAGUCCGUGAGGAAAGAAGUGGUAUUGAAAGAGCUUAAGAAUAUGGUGGACUUUGUAAUGACAACUCCCCUACAAGACGAGAGCGUGACUCGCGCUCCUUUACAAAUUCUUACUGAUUUACUUUCCGAGAAUAAGGAAGGUGAAGACUGGGAAGAGUGGGCAGAGAAUGUGACGAGUGUGGCGGCCCCGCUGCUCGCGGAGCGCUGUGUGGCGGGCGAGCUGUGCGCGCUGCUGGCGCGGCUGUGCCGCCGGCGGCCGCGGUCCGCGCCGCUGCCCGCCCUCGCGCCGCCCGUGCGCCGCGUCCUCACCCGCAACGUCGACUUCGGGAAAGCACCUACUGCUCGGCAGUUCGUUAGAGAUUAUAUUAGCGCUCUCAGCGCCCACAACUCGGGCCAGCAGCUCGUGCGGCGCUUCGUGCAGGUGACGCACGGCAGCGGCGCCGCGUGCCCGCACCCGCGCGCCGCGCCCAACCUCGCCUCCGUCGCUCUCGCCGCCAUCGACGACCGCUACCGCGAGGACCGCUCGCCGCACCGCUGCGACGACAGCGAACUCGAAGUGCUCUGCUUUGCGGAUAUAUUGGAACAUAUGUGCGAAUACGACGACUGGCUGAUCGUAGUGGGCGGGGUGCUGCAGCCGGUGCCGUUCAGCGCCGGCGCUAUGCGCUGCCCGCGGGUGGGCGCGCGGCUGGGCGGCGUGCUGGCGCGGCUGGCGCGCGACCCGCGCUGCGCGGCGCACGCGCGCCUGGCGCCCGCCCGCGCCGCCCGGCCGUGCCCGCCCUCCUGGCUUCGCGCCGCAGCUCCCUCCGCCCCCGCGCUCGCUCUGCCGCACGACGAGCUGUGUCAACUCUGGGGUGAUAUGUUAAAGUCUCUUCUCAGUUGUUGCUGUAAGCGGAAAAGUUUUCUCCAGAGUAUGAGCAAGCAUUUACCCGAUUUUGUAUUAGUGGCUCUCACCGAACACCCAGCAGCACUAGAAGCUUUAUGUCUAAUGCUAGAGUGGGAAGUUGCUAGUGGGGAACAGACACAGCUUGAAAUCAUAGCUGCGUUGCAAGGAACAGAAUUAGGGCAGCGUUAUUAUAAAGAUUUAUGUGAGCGACAGCAGACGCUACAAAGAUUGCAGGCGCAGGGCGGGCCGCGGCGGCUGGCGCUGCCGGUGCGCGCCACGGACGCGGACGUGGCGGCGCUGCUGGAGGCGGGCGCGCUCGGCAACCUCGAGUGCCUCAGCCUGGCCUUCACCAGCGUCACCAGCGCCUGCGCGCACCACUUGAUCAAACUACCUUCACUGCGCUAUUUAAAUUUGUGGGCAACUAAGUUUGGCGAUAGUGGAGUACAGCUCAUAGCUGAGCAUUUGCCACGUCUACAAGUUCUUAAUCUAUGUGAAACUCCUGUAUCAGACAAGGGGAUCGAAGCAUUGUCAGGUUUAUCAAGUUUGAGGCGAUUAAAUUUGAACAGUACGAAACUUUCGGCGGAAGCCUUUGAAAUACUACGAAAAAGAUUGCCUCAACUUCAGGAGUACGACAUACGAUAUACUGAAGCUUGGUGACAACGAGCGCAGCCGAGCUCCUGUUGCUCUUCUCCUUUCCUAACACCUUGAUGUAAAUCAGGACUUGAAGAAAAUUCAUUAAGUGGAUAUAGCUAGAGUAAUAGUUUUGUAAAAUUUUAAGGUCAUUUAGAGGGUAGUAGAACGAUAAUAAUCUCAAAACGUUUUAUUUUCUCUAUUGUGGUGUUUUUUUUUUUUAAUUUUUAAUUUAUAUAUGUAUUACUUAUUAUAAUAAACUCAACAAAUCUAUACUUAUUAGGUUACCUUUUUAUUAUUUUAUAAAAUAAUACAUUAGUGCAUCACUACAUAUUGACUCUCAUUACAUUAUAUAUGAUAUUUCUCUUUAUCACUAAAAGUUAUCUUAAUUUGUCAUAAAACCCUUCUUAACAGGUCCAAUUAAAUAGAUGGCAUAUAGUAUGAUCAAACCAUUCAACAAUUUAUAAUCAAUAUGAAAUUACUUAUAAUCUUAUUUAUAAGCAAUAUGAAAUUACUCCAUGUGCAUAUAAAAGGGCCAUGGCCCGGGGCGGCACAAGCUGAGCACAGGGGCGGCGCAAGCCAAGCGAUAUAAUUGAAUUGUACGUAAAAAAUAUAUAAGUCAACAAUUCCAGAAAUAUAUUUCGAAUGUUUUCCUUUUACUCGAUAAAUGUAUACAAUGGACGCCCAAAAAAAGUCAACCGAAAUAUAAUGGGUAUUGUUAGUUUCGUCGAGUAUGAUACAGAAUAAUCGAUCCAAAAUAAAUCUAAAACUUUAUUAAUCAGUUUA